UAGAGCCCAGAAGGGGUGUAGUAGCACUGCCACCGCCGCCUUUGUCUCCGCUUCUGUUUCCUUCUGCCUAGCUAAGAAGAUGACUGUAGGAAGGUCUGCAGGAUCCCCUGAUGGGGCAGAGUGGACAAGUCAGAUACUUUCCCCCCAAUCCUCCUCUGACACGGAGGCAGAAGACAAACUGUCUGGGGAUGGUAUGGUUUUACCCAGGGCUGGAAAACUCCAUGAGCUCUUCAGCCUAGAGGAUGAGACAGAGUCCACCUCUGUCUCAACUGGAAGCUUUUAUGACUCCCUACAGGUUCUAAAGCAAAGGGACAAACAGGGUCUGUUGGAGUCCCUUUUUCAGGCUGACUCAGACAGUGAUAAGAACAUCUCUGAAGAUGAUGAGGUCCUAGAGAAUUUCUUCCAGGACAAGGGCAGGGGGAAGCCACAGAUCCAGUACCCUGGAUCUCAGAGGUGUGACUCCACAAGGCGCUGCAGCUCCCUAAACAGCCUUUCUUCAGGUCUUCCAAAGGCUCAGGCCCAGCCACCCUCAGGCUCCAAGCCUGACUCCCAGCACAGAAGUGUCAGCUCCUGGACAUCGUCCAUCACCGUCCCUCAACCAUUCUGCAUGACACUGCGGGAGGCCCAAAAGAAAGCUCAGUGGCUGGCCUCACCUGCCUCCUUUGAGCAGAAGAGGCAGCAGGCCCAGAGGCAGGGCCAAGAGGAGGCUGAGUGCCACAGACAGUUCCGGGCACAGCCUGUACCUGCACAUGUCUACCUACCCCUCUACCAGGACAUCAUGGAGCGCAGGGAGGCCCAGAGACAGGCAGGGAUCCAGAAGAGGAAGGAACUGCUUCUCUCAUCCUUAAGGCCCUUCAGCUUCCUGGAGAAGGAGGAGCAGCGAAAGGAAGCUGCACGACAGAGAGACCUGGCUGCCACAGUGAAGGCUACGGUCCCCCCAAAGAAGGCCAUAAGAAGGAUCCCCAAGUCCAUUCUGGAACCAGCCCUUGGAGACAAACUCGAGGAAGCCGAGCUCCUCAGAAAAAUUCGCAUCCAGAUGAGGGCCCUGGACAUGCUCCGGAAGGCCUCCUCCCCUGUUGCCUCCUCUAGUAGCCGGGCUGAUUCACAGCCCCGCACAGCUGCCCGAACCCAGGAGAAAAAGCUUGGCUUUCUGCAGCCUGACUUUGGAUUCCAGCCUCAGGUGAAUCCUGUUGUUCCUGACCAUGAGGGUCUAUAUCAAGCCUUCCAGAGAAGAGCUGCCAAGAGAAAGGAAACCCGGGAGGCAACUCGCAACAAGCCCUUCUUGCUGAGGACCGCCAACCUGCAUCAUUCUCCAAGAUCCUGUGAUGCUUCCACCACUGAAGGAAGGAGGGGUUCCCCAGAGCCACCAGCUACACUCCUAACAAGGAGUCAUUCUCUGAGUGGCCUUGCUUCCCUCUCCACCAACACCCUCCCUGUGCAUAUCACAGAUGCCACCAGGAAGAGGGAAUCUGCAGUCAGAAGUUCACUUGAAAAAAAAGACAGAGUAGAUGAGAGCAUUCGGUGGUUGGAGAUGCACAAAAAGAAGUGUCAAGCAAUGUCUAAAUCUGUGACCUUGCGUGCAAAAGCCAUGGAUCCCCAUAAAAGCCUGGAGGAGGUGUUCAAAGAAAAGCUGAAAGAGAACCGGAACAAUGACCGUAAAAGAGCAAAAGAGUAUAAGAAAGAAUUGGAGGAAAUGAAGAAGAGAAUACAAAAGAGACCGUAUCUCUUCGAACAAGUUACCAAGGACCUUGCCAGGAAAGAAGCAGAACAACGGUAUCGAGACACCCUGAAGCAGGCUGGACUGGAGGAAGACUUUGUGAGGAACAAGAGUCGAGGCACCCGGGCUGUACAAUGGAAGGAGGAGUCUAAUGCCAAGGAUUCCCCCAGCAUCUAUGAAACUACAAACCUCAGCAUCAAUGAUCCACAGAAGGAUUUAGAAGGAUCUCUAGAAUAGCUUCUAAGCCCCCAAAAAGAAUCGGAGGAGCUGUAUUAUGAAUCAUCAGACCAUCUGAAAUCACUGGCCUAAUCAGCUCAUGUAACAUUACUGCUUUUGCGCAUCAAAUAUCUCACUAGGGGUUGAGUCAAGGCAGGCAAAACUUGAGUUUGAAUAUUGCUACUAUUAGAGAAUAAGGAAAAGAAGAGUGACAGAUAACAGGAAUGUUUUUAAAGAAUCAAAUUAGAGAAGCUCAGGAUAGAAGGAUCAUAACCCAGACCUAAGGGGUCUUACUUUGUACCUGACAUUUAAGAGCAACUAUAGAAAAAAGAACACAAGCCAAAAUGCUAAUCAGGGCUGUUCAGGAAACAUGAGUGAGUUAAAUGGGGUAGAUAUAAGAUAGGAGAUAGUAAGGAACCAGAGAGCAUAAAUCCUGUUAGAAUACAGGCCCAGAAUUACAACAUCAGCUAUUGUCAUCAGAAGCCAGAAAUGUUACAGCUACUUGGGAGAUUGAAGCAGGAGGAUCACAAGUUCAAGGCGAGCCUCAGAAACUUAGCAAGAACCUGUCUUAACAAAAAAAAAAAAAAAAAAAAAAAGGCCAGGGCUGGGGGCUAGAGCUUUAGUGGCAGAGCACUCCCCAUGGACUUAAUCUCCAGUACCAGACACACACACACACAACACACACACAAAGCCAGAAAUGUGCAUCUUGGCAACUAAUUAAAAAUUAUUUAGGCCAGGCAUGGUGGCACCCACCUGUAAUCCCAGCGGAUUGGGAGGCGAGGCAGGGUGAUUGAGAGUUCAAAGCCAGCUUCGGCAAAAGCGAGGUACUAAGCAAUUCAGACUCUAAAUAAAAUACAAAAUAGGGCUGGAGAUGUGGCUGAGUGUUUGAGUGCCCCUGAGUUCAAUCCCUGGUACCAGCUGCCAAAGUUAUUUUAUGUGGGCAAAAUAAAACACAUCUGUUUACCAGAUUUAGCCCAUGGGGGAUGACAAAUUUGCAACCUUUAGUUCAGGGUUUCUUAUCCUUAGCACUUGAUAUUUUGGGAUUUUUUUUUUUUUUAAAUUGGUGGUUAUGAGAGGAAGCUGUCCUUUAUAGGCAGGAUCCCUAGUCUUUACUCACAAUAUCCCAGUAGCACUUUCUUUUAGUUUGACAACCAAAAGUGUUU